CCGAAUAGGUGUCAUUGAAAGCUGAUCUCUCGCUGGCUCAAGUUAUUUAAUCUUUCGGUGGAUUUGAAAAAGAGUAGAAAGUCUGUAAAGUUUGCUUGAGAGUAGCAUUUAUUCCGGGUUUUUUUAUGAAUCAAUUGCUUAUUUAGAGCAAGUUUAUUAAUCUACGAAGCUAUGUCUUCGAUAUUUUUCACGGUGUGCCCUUUACCUGGCUCAGUAGACCAACUUCAAGAAGGGUUAAAAGACAUCGUGAAUCGAAGAAAAGAUGGAUCCUGCGUGAGUGUGUUGCCUUAUGCUGUGAAGGAUUUUGUCCUUGGUCCUAACCAUGUGGCAUUGUUAUUUGAAAAUGGCACAGUUUGUCGACAAAGAUUUUCAGCAUCACCAGAGCAGGCAGAUGCUGUCAGUAAAGAACCCACUCCUGUGAGUGAAGAAUCCAGUUCAGCAAGAUCAACCUCUCAUGUUGUUUUACAUGGUAUUGGGGAAAGAAGUCAUGGAGAAACCUCCUGGCUGUUGCCAUCUGGGGAGUCAUUUGCAGCACUAUCAGGACAUCCUGCUUUGAGGUGGAGUUCAAACAAUCCAGUUACAUUGCGUGCAGGGUGUCGUCUCACCGCGCGUGGUCGAGGUCGCGUUGUGCGUGGUCGUGGACGUGGUGGCGCCUCAGGUUGGCUUACAUCACGUAGUGUCAUACCUGCAUCCGCUGUGCCCGAGGAACUUAUUGCACAGGCUCAAGUUGUUCUUCAAGAUAAAUCACGUGCAGCCAUCGUUAGAGAACUGCAAAGAACGAAUUUGGACGUGAACCUUGCAGUGAAUAAUCUUCUCAGUCGAGACGAGGAGGACGGUGAUGAUCAAGAAGAAAGCGAAUCAUACAUUCCUGGCGAAGAUCUUUUCUCAAUUCUUGAGACUGGUCUUCACCCUGAAGAUCCAUCCUUCGUCAUGGACACCGACGCCAUCUUCCCUGAAGAUAUGUUUUACAGCGGUAUUCCACGGCGCAUGGGCAAUAGAGCCGGUCGUUUCUUUGAGCGGGAAUUCGAGAGCGACAGAGACCGGGAUCGGGACAGAGAACGAGAUUUACUGCGUCGUGAACGAUGGUGGAAUGGCCUGGGGCUAGCUGAGAACGCCGCUGGCGCUAGGAAUAACAACGGCUCACAGGAGACGAGCUCUGCAUCAAAUCAGGCCAAGAAAGGCAACAAGGAACCUGUGAAAUUUCUAGGAGAACUAGAAUAUUGGCCAGGCGAGAAACGUUCUACGCCUGUGUUUGUGAAAAUAGCUGCAAUGCACUCAGAGUUGGUUUGUCUCGAUGCUGAUGGUAAUUUAUAUCAGUGGAAAUGGAAUGACUCCGUUCUGACUGCGCAAGAACGUGAUUCAAAGAUGACUCAUCCUAGGAUUAAAUCUCUUGGUUUGUUAAACGAGAAUAUUGUUAAAUUGUCUGCCUGUUCAUCACGGGCCACCGUCGCUACUCUAUCAGGAAAGGUCGCGACGUGGUUGGACGAAAGUCUCUCAGCUGUCGCCUCCAAACUGGAGCAUCCCGCGAAAUUAUUCUCAGAUUUUGAGAAAGAAAAAAUCCAAGAAAUCUACACGUGUCCUCUGUACACCUGUAUCCAAACUGUCCCAGGAAAUCUUUACUGGUGGGGCAUUUUACCGUCUAAUCAACGUCGUAAAUUACUAGAAAAGGCAAAAUCACGGGCAAAAAAAGAUCGUAUCGCAGGAGUCUCGGAAAUCGUCGUUGGCGCCCAGGUUUGCUUAAGAAGCAGUCCGCUCUACAAUGCAGGAGCCUUGGCCUUCAAUGUUAGCGAUGAAACGCCGCGUGUUGGUGAAGUUGUCACUUCGUUGUGGAAUUUUGCUGUCAGCAAACUAAGAUUUCGCAUCGUUUCCUCCGCUGAAUCUGAGAAGAAAGAACCGAACGAUCCUACGAGUGUUCAACAAGAUGACCCAAGCCCCGCUGUUGGAGCGAAGCGUAAGGCGGGAAAUGAAAGCGAGGGGUCGAGCAUGGAAGAGGAGUGGGAUCUAAAGGACGUUGUCUUUGUUGAAGACAAGCCAAAUUCAUGCAUCGGCGUUGUAAUGCAGGUCGAUGGUUUGUAUGCUGCCGUGCUGUUUCCCUCCAAAGAGCAACCUCCAGUGUCCCCAUCUUCUCAUGAUGAUCCCAUGUCGCUAUUCAAGAAGUGCCGUCUCGUACGCAAGGAUGAGCUCCAGGUUCUGAAGUCAAGUACGAACCAUAAAGUCCCCGAUUGUGUCCAGAAGUCCCCCAAAGCUCUUGUCAUCCCAUCUGGGACCACACCAAUUACAAUAGCUGUUGCCAAUGACGGUGUCCAUGCUGUAUUAAAACGAGGCAAUAAAAUCUCGUACGCGUUGUUCAAUCUGGCUAAUGGCAGGCCAGAACCAGGAGGAGUGUUUCCUGCAGAGACAGCUUCGUUUCUUGCCAAGAUCCCCACUGUCCCACUUCAGUUAAAUCGUUCUGUUGUGGGUCCUGUGAUGGUGCUUCAAGACUCAACAGGAGGGUUGAUUCCUCUUGCUAAGGACAGUUUAGGAGGCGUGAAAGAACCUCAAUGGCUGGGACUACCUCCAGUGCGCAUUCUGCGUAUCGCUGUGACGUCCAGUAAAAACAACAAAAAGCUUGCAGUGGUUGCUUUAUCGUUGCCGAAACAAAAAUUGAUUUCAGAAGUGAUUGAUCUCAACGAAUCAGCAGUGAUGGAAAUCGUGGAGUUUCUUGCACAGAAAUGUCCUGAAAAAAUUCCCGAGGUCCUGAAAGAGACUUGUGAUGGCAACAGAAACAUUCUUCAUAUCUGCGUAUCUCACGGAGCACCGUCUGAAACCCGGGAAGGAGCGAGUCGUUCAACCACAACCACAACUCCAGGCGCUUCAGGCUCCAGCGCUGGUAGCAGUCGAAGCAUCAGCAUACGAGAAAUGAUGCAGAAAGCAGUAAUGGCAGCUAGAGCUGCUAGUCUGGAUGUCGAUGAAGACGCUCCUAUACCAACCUUACACUGGCCUCCUGAUCCACCUAGUAACACAACUACAUCAAGUACCGCAAGUACCUCAAGCACAACAACCGCUGCUCCUACCACUGCUGGCACUACCUCCGAAGAAACUGUUUCCACAGUAACAGUUCCAUCCUGCCCACCUGAAGAGGAUAAGCAGACAAAAGCUCUUAGAAUAUUAAAACUCUUUUGCAACAACGAGAAAUUCAAGCCUCAUUUACAGUCAUUACUCGCAGCCAAGAAUGCGGACGGUUUUACUCCGUUCAUGUUGGCGGUGUGCCGUCGUGCCUACCCCUCCGCUCUCUUCCUCUUCGACAUUGCUCAAGAGUUUGCUACUAACCCUGAGACGAAACUUGUGAAUCAGGAUCAUCUCAUGACCAUGAUUUGUCCCGCUGACACCUCCGCCAUGUCGUCGCCGCUGUAUCUGUUAUGUUGUAAUGACACGUGUUCGUUCACGUGGACUGGAACGAAGCACAUCAGGCAAAAUAUAUUUGAAUGCAGAACCUGUGGUCUCACUGGGACUUUGUGUUGCUGUACAGAAUGUGCGAGAGUUUGUCAUCGUGGUCAUGAUUGCAAAAUCAAGAAAAAGCCACCCAUCGCUUACUGCGAUUGUUGGAGAAAAUGCAAGUGUAAAGCGCUGCUUCCUGGGAGUGGAGAGGCAAGAACAGAACUAUUGAAAAAGUUGGUCUCAGAAACAGAUCUCAUAACUAUGCCAAAUGGAAAAGGCGAGCACAUCUUGCUGUUCUUAGUUCAAACAGUAUCGCGUCAGAUCACAGAGCAACGGGCGUAUAUUCCGAAGGGUGUCGACUGUCAUCCGAGCAAAAGACGGGCCCAAGCCGCGGCCGCCGCCGCUGCUUCUGUCGCAAAAGGCGACACGAAUUUCCCUGAUCACGACCUCGAACCGCCAAAGUUUGCUUGUCAUGCACUUGAGUUGAUAAUGAAUGAAUGGAAGGCGAUUAAAAACAUGGUCUUGAGUGGAUCAAAAUCUACUGAAACCAAUGGUCUUCCUGAUCUGAUCCAAAUGGAGAAUCUGGCUCACUCCAUGUUAACUUCUCAAGAACAACAACAAUAUCUGAACAAUCAAGAUGGAACGACUCGUCUGGACAGCUUCACUUAUUGUCUAAUAAGUAAAUGUCCCGCUGAUAUUGUGGACUUGUUUGUCAAGUCAUUGACCUGUGCUCUCGCAGCAACUGAAAAUGGCGAUGAAGCUGUGAUGGUUGCCAAAAGAUUUGUUCGUUCCGUUGCUAGAGUGAUGAUCGUUUUGUCGUCAGAAAAAACACCAUCUGUAGCUAAAAAGAAACUGUUGGCUUUCGAGCAGAUGAGCAAAUGUCGCAAGGUCUUUCAAUCCAUGGUGACGAUUGCGAUCCCAGAACUCCUCAAUAUGGCAAACUCUCUAAUUGCGCCCGUGCGCCUGGGUGUGUGCCGACCAGCGGGUCCAUUCUCGUACUUAACCUCCGACAACACGACGAGCAACGACGAACCUUCAAUCGGGGAAGAGUUAUUUAACAUCGAGCCCUUACGUCGUCGGCCAUCUACGCCGUCUUCCGAGCCCACGCGGGUGCCGCGAAAUCGUCUCGAUUCUGACCUGAUACCAGAUUCGCAAGUAGAGCAGUUGGAGGUUGCCGAUCCACAACUGUCGGGGGAUGUCGGGGAACUGCAUGACAUAGAGGUUGUUGACGGCGCUGAGAUGCAGGCUCUUGUAUCUGACUCUGGGAUAGACUUACUAAACAAUGCCAAUCAACGGGAAGACGUAGAAGGAAUGGAUACGAGUCAAGACAACCCCACUGACCAGCGUAAUUCUUCUGAGCCUGCGCAAACUACUCGUAGAUUUAACCCUGGUAUUGCUCGCGCACGUAGAAUACGGCGGUCCACUGGACAGGAGCCUGAGAAUGGUAACGAGUCAGAUAUGGACUUGGAACUUUUGGCGGAGAGCGAGAGCGACAGUGAUGAGGAAGCAGCCCCUCCCGGCGAAGACCGUGCUAGAUGUUUAACGACGGAGGGUUUCGACCGCCCAAAUGAAGCUUGUGUCGUUUCUCGUCACGUGCUAUAUUCAGAUGAUGAUUCGUCAUCGGGUGAUGAUGAUGUUGUGGAAAGUGAAAUGGAUCAAGUGGAAGAUGACGAGGAAGUCGGUGAAGAAGGAGGUGGAAGAGAUGAGAAUGAAAAUAAUGCCGGAACAAGAGUACCGAAUGUCCAGAGAGUUGGUCGUGAAGGCAAUACCACACCACAUGCUAUGCACUGGGCUCUCUCUAACUCAAUCAUGCCUGGAGUGACAGUCAGCUCUACAUCCGGGCUUUCUGCCGCAGUGCUUUAUGGUGAGCUUGCUCAAGGUAUCGCUGGCAGUGUGAGCGCUGCUGCGGCAACUUCCAGUGUCACGUCAGCGGCAUCUGCGUCUGAUUCAUCCAGUGCUAUAGCGCGGUCUCAUUACAGUGCAUUGAAUUCUGCCAGUGCCUUGGCGAGGUUGUUUGCAAUACUAGUUCGUGAGAUCACAGAUCUCGUAAUAGGAGCAUACAGGAGUCUGAAGUUGUCAGAACUUCACUCUCUCUGCAUUUUGGUCGACAGAGAGUUCCAGGGUACUUGGGAAUGGUUGUGGACAAUAAUGGAGUGCACAGAAAGUCAACUACGGUUCGGGACAUCCCUAUCUGCUGCCUCGGAUCUCUCACAUUCGGGACAUCCGUUGAACGAGGGUCAGGGUAAAAAGGAUAAACGUAGUACUGAACAAGGGAUCUCUGUGGAUAAGAAAGCAAGACGACAUGGUAUCCACACCAGUGAUGUUGCCAGACAAGACUUCCUCAACUACGUUCUCUCGCUGAUCAGAGGCAGUAAAAAUGAGCACGCGGACUCUCUUCCCAAGGUCGAUGUUGCUUCGUUACGUCAUGUUGCAUUUGUUUUAGAUGCCUUGAUUUACUACUUACGUAAUAAUCCUGCUGGCAGCAUGAAUUUGAGUAAACGAGUACGCUUUGACGUUUUCGAUGACAUCGCUACAGAUGACGAAGGUGCUGCUGACAUUGAGGACGAAGAUGAGGAUACUGACGUCAUCGAUGACGACGCAGUGUCACGUGAUCUGCGACGAUUCUUCCGUCGAAGUGAUUCGACAACUGUCCUUGGCUGUGAGCCCCCAGAACCUCUUCACACCCCUCUCUGUGAAUCGUUACCUCUGGCAGAAAAACCUCAUUUGCUCAACAGAAAUGCUCGUCGUGAGCAACUGUUUGGAGCUGUGCAGGAACCGUCGUUUGCCGAGGGACAACACGGCAGCCAUUCCAAGACACUGGGACUCCAGUUUAACAAAGAUGCAUCAACAAGCUUGUCAGCUCAAGCGGAGGCAAAAGCGAGCGAAAACUGGUCAUCAGAUUUCGGAAUCAUCGGCAUGCUGCCUGCAAAUUUCCUGCUAGGUCGCUGGAGAUUGUGUCUGGAGUUGUUUGGCCGUUUUUUCCUGGAGGAUGUUGGCGCCGAACCAUCGUCUGUCCUGAACGAACUUGGAAGAUUUGAUGUGAAAGAAAUCUCUUUUAGACGUGAAAUGGAUCGUCUAAAAAAUACCAGCCAGAGAGAUCUUGCACUAGAGCUGGAACGUGGUCACGAUCAGUUGAUACGACAAACCAUUCGUCAGCUCAAUACUUACUUCGGUCGACGCCCAGCAACAUGUAAACCUUCCGUCAUACAUCGUGUUAAAGUCACCUUCAAGAAUGAGCCUGGUGAAGGAAGUGGCGUUACAAGAAGCUUCUUUACCGCUAUUGGUAAUGCUUUUAUGGCCGCAGAUAAACUGCCGAAUUUGGAAAAUUUAGCAGCUCCUUCUGCCAGUUCAUCAAUUAUGCAGAAGCUUCGUGCUCAAGAACGUGAACGUGAGCGAAGGAGAACGUUUCGUGCUCGUAAAGAUCGUGCGCGUGACCAUCAAGAGAGUCAUCAACAACUCAAUCCGGAAGCCAGACCUUUCUUCCUUAAUCGCAGUGAUAGCGCCGACAGUGAUGAUGCAGAGGGAGACGCCCUACCCUCACAUCGACAGUCAAUCGGCGAGAGACUCUUCCCUCGAGUACAGUCCAUGCAUGCGCCGUUUGCAAGCAAGAUCACAGGAAUGUUGCUAGAGCUGUCACCUUCACAACUUCUGUUGUUGUUGGCGAGCGAGGAAACCCUGAGGACGAGAGUUGACGAAGCUGUUGAACUGUUGCUGAAGAGAAAUAGAGAAACGAGCAAAGAUGAGGUUGAUGUAACCGCUCCUUCAAGUUCAACGACACCUGCAGCCAACUCCGCACCAGACGCCCCACCGGCCGUAGAAGACAACGCGGCUUUAUUCUAUCAACCUGGUCACUCUGGUUUCUACUCCCCCCGGCCAGGGAACAACUCACCCGAGCGAUUAAAUGCUUUCAGAAAUGUCGGAAGGGUGAUCGGUCUAUGUCUGGUACAAAAUGAAAUUUGUCCAAUCACGUUAAGUCGUCAUGUGAUCAAAUUCUUGCUGGCGCGUGAGAUUGGCUGGCAUGAUUUUGCCUUCUUUGAUCCGACGAUGUACGAGACGCUUCGGAAGUUAAUCGUGGACGCCGAGCUUCCGAACGCAACCGAGAUGUUCUCGACGUUAGAUCUGACAUUCAGUGUUGAGUUGAGCCCUGACGAGGGAGGAAAGCGAGUUGACCUGAUCGCAGGUGGCCAGGAGUUGCCUGUCAAUCCAACGAACGUACGUGCUUAUGCCAGAAAAUAUGCCAUGCAGAGGAUGGAACUCUGUGCUAAGAAAGCCUUGAAGGCAAUGCGUGCUGGUUUGUUGGACACAAUUCCUGCCAGUUCAUUGGAUGGAUUGACGGCUGAAGAUUUUCGUUUGUUGCUUAACGGUACUGGCGAGGUGAAUAUUCAUCAGCUCAUGGAUUAUACUUCAUUUAACGACGAAUCUGGAGGUGCGGGAUCAGAAAAGCUUCUCAAAUUCAAAAAAUGGUUUUGGUCAAUACUAGAAAAGAUGCCAAUGACCCAAAGACAGGAUUUGAUGUACUUCUGGACAUCCAGUCCGUCGUUACCGGCCAGUGAGGAAGGAUUUCAACCUAAGCCAUCGGUUACCGUCAAGCCUGCCAACGACCAGCAACUACCAACAGCCAACACUUGUAUAUCUCGUCUGUAUAUUCCUCUCUAUUCCUCAAAACUUAUCCUGAAGAACAAGCUUCUUAUGGCAAUAAAAACGAAGACAUUUGGAUUUGUAUGAAAAGUUUACUCAGAAGACGAGAUUUUCAACGCUGUUGAGUUGUGGAUUUCUCACAGCUACGAGCAACGACAGGCGUGUGCCUCUGAAGUUUUG